GUAGGAGGCGGUAUUUACGAUUUACGUUUUCUCCAAGGCCGCCAAUUCGCGUGUGGACGGUAGCCGAGGUGGAACAGUACAUUCGGCAGCAAUGGCGUCCACCACAGACAACGCAGAUCUGAAACGAAAAUUAGACGAUAAUGAGGGUGAAAGAGAAGAUGGAGACGAGGAAGAGUGGGUGGGACCCAUGCCAAGUGAGGCAACGCAAGUCAAAAAAAGAAAAGUGCUGGAGUAUGAACGUGUUUAUUUGGACAACUUGCCAUCAGCAGCCAUGUAUGAGAGAAGCUACAUGCACAGAGACGUUAUAACGCACAUUGUCUGUUCCAAGACAGAUUUCAUCAUCACGGCCAGUCAAGACGGCCAUGUGAAGUUCUGGAAGAAGAAAGAAGAUGAGGGGAUAGAGUUUGUCAAACACUUCCGCAGUCAUCUGGGAGUGAUAGAGUGUAUAUCUGUCAGUGCUGAGGGGGCUCUUUUCUGUUCUGUCGGGGACGACCAGGCCAUGAAAGUAUUUGACGUUGUCAACUUCGACAUGAUCAACAUGCUUAAACUCGGCUUCCACCCCAGCCAGUGCGAGUGGAUCUACAACCCAGGCGAUGCCAUUUGCUGUGUAGCCUGCUCAGAGAAAUCCACCGGGAAGAUCUUUGUCUAUGACGGACGGGGAAGCAACGAGAAGCUCCACACCUUUGACAAGAUGCACUCGUCCCCGCUGUCCCAGAUCCGUCUCAACCCCAGGUACCGGGUCAUCGUCUCCGCAGACAAGGCCGGGAUGCUGGAGUAUUGGACUGGCCUCCCCAGUGAGUUCAAGUUCCCACGGCACGUGGACUGGGUGUAUAAGACAGAUACAGACUUGUACGAAUUUGCCAAAAACAAAACCUACCCCACCAGCCUAGCCUUCUCCCACGACGGGAAGAAGAUGGCCACCAUCGCCACUGACAGGAAAGUCAGGAUCUUCCGCUUUCUGACAGGGAAACUGAUGAGGGUGUUUGACGAGUCAUUAUCUAUGUUCACUGAGCUGCAGCAGAUGAAACAGCAGCUGCCAGACAUGGAGUUUGGUCGGAGGAUGGCGGUGGAGAGGGAGCUGGAGAAGGUGGACGGCAUCAGGCUCACCAACAUCAUCUUUGACGAGACGGGUCACUUCGUCCUCUACGGGACCAUGCUGGGCAUUAAGGUCAUCAAUGUGGAGACCAACAGGUGUGUGCGUAUUCUGGGGAAGCUGGAAAACAUCCGUGUAGUGAAGCUGAGCCUCUUCCAGGGUGUGGCCAAGGCAUGCAGCGUGGCACCCACCAUCGAGAUGAAGGCAUCAGACAACCCGGCCCUGCAGAGCACGACUCCGGACCCCACCAUCUUCUGCACCGCCUUCAAGAAGAACCGCUUCUACAUGUUCUCUAAGAGGGAACCGGAAGACACUAAAAGUGCAGAGUCAGAUCGAGACGUGUUCAACGAGAAGCCCUCCAAGGAGGAGGUGAUGGCUGCUACUCAGGCCGAGGGACCCAAGAGGGUGUCGGACAGCGCUAUCAUCCACACCACCAUGGGAGACAUCCACAUCAAACUGUUCCCUGUCGAGUGUCCCAAAACAGUGGAGAACUUCUGUGUUCACAGCAGGAACGGGUAUUUCAACGGCCACAUAUUCCACCGUGUCAUCAAGGGUUUCAUGAUCCAGACAGGGGACCCUACAGGAACAGGGAUGGGAGGCGAGAGCAUCUGGGGAGGGGAGUUUGAGGACGAGUUCCACGCCACGCUGAGACACGACCGGCCCUACACCCUCAGCAUGGCCAACGGAGGCCCCGGAACCAAUGGGUCGCAGUUCUUCAUCACUGUCGUGCCAACGCCCUGGUUGGACAACAAGCACACAGUGUUUGGCCGGAGUACCAAGGGAAUGGAGGUGGUUCAGAGGAUCUCAAACGUCAAAGUCAACCCUAAAACUGACAAACCUUACGAAGACAUAAGCAUCAUCAACAUCACAAUCAAGUAGUUUUGUUUCAGUUUGUCUAUUGUGUGUUAUUGUGAGCCUUUUUUUACAAAGUAAAGAUUCUUGGAUUAUUGUACAAUA